UCUCCCAGCCCACUUAAACACUCACUCUUCCCAGUGGGCCUUUCAUCGCCAUCCUCCGUUCAAUCCGUCACCUUCUACGACUUUCUCGAUCGCACGCGAAACCUAGCUUCCCUCGAUCUCGUUCGAUCCAUCAAAAGUGAGUAAUGAUGGUUUGUGGCUACACUACUGAAAAUUUCCGAAACAUAGAUCGGUAACGAUACCAGGUCUAGUACUGUGGGAAACCCUUGUUUGAGAGAUGUUUUGCGUUCUAGCAGACACUGCAAGUUGCGAGAACAUACACAACCUCGGUGACUGCAGAAUGGGCUAUGUCACUUCCCCUCAACUAUCAUGUUUUGCUAAAGAAAGCCAGAGCUGAGCUUAACCACCAUGUUGGUCUAGACCAUUUAGCAGAAGAACCUGAUUUGGUCAAGUUGCCUUACCUCCUGUGCAUAAUCAAUGAAACUCUUCGGCUGUUUCCAGCAGCACCAUUUCUAGUGCCACAUGAAUCAUCUGAUUACUGCACAAUUGGAGGGUACGAUGUACCAUCAACAACAAUGUUGAUUGUGAAUGCAUCGACCAUUCAUCGAGAUGCCAAGGUGUGGGAGGACCCUGAAAGUUUCAGGCCAGAAAGAUUUGAAGGAUUGGAAGGUGAAGUUGAGGCAUAUAAUUUCAUACCCUUUGGUCAAGGAAGAAGAUCCAGCCCUGGGGCUGGCCUUGCCAAAAGAGUGAUGGGAUUAGCAUUAGCCACUUUAAUUCAGUGUUUUGAGUGGGAGAGAAUUAGUGAAGAGGAAGUGGACUUGAUAGAAGGAACUGGUCUUACAAUGCCUAAAGUCGAGCCAUUAGAGGCCAUGUGCAAAGCUCGCGAGUGCAUGUUAAAUGUGCUUUCAAAGCUUUGAUUAUUGCUUUUGUAUCUUCUUAUAUAUUUGUGGCUUCACAAUGUUGCAGACUUCGUUUCCUAUAAUGGAACUUAUGGGCUUAAUCUAAAG